AUGUCAUCGAUGGUGAAGACAGGCGACAGUAACAUCUGGUCUCCGCGUAUGAUGCCAUUCUGGUGUUCCCAUAACGCCGUCGCAGCAGCCGCAGCCGCUGAUUUCACUGCUGGUGGUGAUAAGCAGAGCAUGCUGCAUCAGACAACGUUUGACGCACUUCCUGCGCAGAGUUUUUAUCCGUCACGGUGGCCUGCUCCUCCAACCGCCACGGACACGUAUCCCGAACAACCACGAUGGCCCACCGACCAUGUCUAUCCGAUGUUUCCGUUUGUACAGACGGAGGCCUAUCCAUCAGAUCCCUUUCCGUCGACGUCGAUGGCCGGACCGAUGGACUACAAAGUAAACGCCUUCUAUCCGAAUACGAUCCUUGGCUCCGGCUAUCCAGCCGACUAUAAUCAGGUACGUUACCAUUCUUGA